AUGGCUUCCUCAGAACAACAACAAAACCAACAGCCCCAGUCCCAAGAGCCCAUGGACGCCAACAACCAGCAGCAACAGCAAGGCCGGGAGGAGUCCUCGGCGAAGAAGGCAACCAAGAACUACGGCAAGCAGCAGAAGGAGGAAGCGGUGGAGGACCCGAAGGGCAAGCAGAACAGUGCCGCGCAGAAGCUUUUGUGCUGCGGGAAUUGUGCGAGCGCGUUGGCUUCCUGCACGGUCAUGUGA